GAACUGUCACUCAUGUCAUCUGGCUGUGACCAAGGCCGUUUGGUUCCUGGCCGGUUGGAAGGGAGGUUUUAUACCAGGUUUACAGGAAUAAAACCAACUUGAGCCUGUGAGGUGUGUUCUUAAAAAAUGGGAACAAGAGAUGAUGAAUACGAUUACCUUUUCAAAGUGGUGCUGAUUGGAGACUCUGGCGUGGGGAAGAGUAACCUGCUAUCGCGUUUUACGCGGAACGAGUUUAACCUGGAGAGCAAGAGCACCAUCGGCGUGGAGUUUGCCACACGCAGCAUCCAGGUGGACGGGAAGACCGUAAAGGCCCAGAUCUGGGACACAGCGGGACAGGAGCGCUACAGAGCCAUCACCUCCGCGUACUACCGGGGGGCGGUGGGGGCGCUGCUGGUGUAUGACAUCGCCAAGCACCUGACCUAUGAGAACAUGGAGCGCUGGCUGAAGGAGCUGCGGGAUCACGCCGACAACAACAUCGUCAUCAUGCUGGUGGGCAACAAGAGCGACCUGCGCCACCUGAGGGCAGUGCCCACCGACGAGGCACGCGCCUUCGCAGAGAAGAACACCCUGUCGUUCAUAGAAACGUCAGCCUUGGACUCCACCAAUGUAGAGGAGGCUUUCAAAAGCAUCCUCACAGAGAUCUACCGCAUCGUGUCACAGAAGCAGAUGGCCGACCGCUCGGCGCACGACGAGUCUCCCGGCAACAACGUGGUGGACAUCAGCGUUCCCCCAACCACCGACGGCCAGAGGGGCAACAAACUACAGUGCUGUCAGAACCUGUGACCUCUGACCCCUGACCCCAUUAGGCACCCGCCCAACCCUCCUCUCUUCUGAUUUGUUCCUGUGUUGUGCUGCUGCUGGAACCCAGCCCAAACCCCUCCCCCCCCCCCAACCACGCCCUUCACCUCCCCUACUGUAAUCUCUUAAAAAAAAAAAAAAAAUCCUUUUUGUAAAAAAAAGAAAAGUAAAAGAAAAAAAUAGCUUAACUGUCAUAAUGUCUUCUGUCAUGAAAUUAAAGUUUUCAGUCCCCCCUCACCCCAUGAACCGAUCUCCAGCAGCACAGGGGAUCUGCGAAAUGCAUGAACGCCGAACGCCAACUCGAAGUGCUGUAGCGGGUGUGCAGUUCAAUACAACGUCCAGUAGAUGGUGCUAUUUAUAUACGCAUUACGGUGGCUCUAU